AUGGCUAAAGAGAAGGAGCUAACAGCAUUAUUGCAGCCAUUAGUUGAGCAGCUGGAUUACGAGUUUGUCGGGCUGGAAUACCAACCGGCGCCAGGUAGCGCCUUGUUACGUGUUUACAUCGACCGGGCAGCCGGCAUCACGGUGGAUGACUGCGCGAGCAUCAGCCGUGAGGUGGCUAGCCUGAUGGAUGUGCAUGAUCCGAUCAGGGGGGAGUACACGCUUGAAGUGUCUUCUCCAGGGAUGGAUCGGCCAUUGUUUACCGUCGAGCACUACGAGCGCUUUGUCGGCGAGCAAGCGAAGCUGACAAUUGGCAUGCCUAUCGAUGGGCGACGCAAAUUCAAAGGCCCAAUUGUCAGGGUGGAAGAUUCCGCCAUAGUACUCGAUCAGGAUGGUAGCGAAAUCCGGAUCGACCACAGCAAUGUCAUUAAAGCGCGUUUGGUGCCGCAGUUUUAG